AUGACUACCCCGAAGAAACUGGUGCAUUGGGCCCUUGACAUGUCUUUCUCCGGUUUCGGGUCACCACUCUCAGACGCCUCGACGGAAGCCAACUCCUCUUCAAGUCUCCAAUACAUUAACUCUCAGCUUAUUGCACAUGGCUUCACGCACUCGCCUGGUCUCUCACUUGACGGCCUGUCAAAGGAGGACACGGACAAAGUGGUCAAAUGUUUGCUGGGCAUGCUGGGUCAGAGAGUCGACGACAUGUCCCGCACAGAGGAUUUGACGACGAAGCUCAGGACGCUGUCGUAUGACCAUGAGCGCAUGAUGUCCAUGUACCAGGCAGCCACGGAAAGGGCCGCCAAUGCCGAGCGAGAGAUGAAUGUCCACAAGUCGCGGCUUGCGGCGACGACGCGGUCGUUACAGUCGGCAGAAGCCGCCCACAAGCACACUACCGGCGAGCUGCAGCGUACCCGCACCACCCUCCAGGCCCUCCGCACCGCACAUCAAGCUGAACUCAAGAAGCUCGAGAAAGAGAAGGACCGCAUGGUGGACAGGUGGUCCAAGCUCGCGGACGUGCAGUCUAAGCUGUGCAAUGCGAGCAGCGGCAUGCGCUGCGCGAACGCUGCGGUUAUUGAUGCCCCUGACGUGCAGCUGCGCGGGAAGGGCCAGGGCUUCCUCGAUCUCGCGCUUGAGCAGGCCGAGCAGGCGCGCAAGGAGCUCUAUGACCAGAACCGCAAGCUGCGUGGACUCAUUCUCUCGGCGGCGAACGAGAUGCAGGGCGUGCUGCACGCGACACGCACUGCGGUCUCACCAGCGGAAUUCCAUGACGAUCCCGUGCCUCUCACGUUCACGUCGCUCUUUACGAUGCCUCCCACAGAGUCUGCGGGUGAUAAGCUGUCUUCCCUUCUAAGCUCCCUCCGGGAAUCGGUCGCACAGCUGUCAAGAGCGAGCGAAGGGCCCAGAACGGAAGCCACUGCAUCCCGCGGUGGUGGCCCUGCUGAAGAUCGCAAGCCGCAUGACACCGCAGAAGUCGAACGUCUAGAGACUAUCAUCAAUGCCCUGCGCAAAGAACUCGAUGAAGCUCAGAAGCAAGCGUCCACCUAUGCAGCGCAGACGCAAGAGCUGUUUGAUCGAUUUGCGGCUGAUGAGAGGCUCAUGCAGGGCGAGGUGGGCGAGAUGAGCGUUGAUCUGAUGACAGCGCCACAACGAGAUGAAGAACGAGCUCGACUCGAUGCGAGGUUCAAGGAACUCGAUGAAGAACGGAAGAAAUUCACAGAGGCUGCGGUCAGACUCGGCAGAGAGAAGGCAGGACUAGAGGCGGAGCGCAUUAAAUUCCUGGAGGAGAAGCGGACAUGGCAAGUCGAGCAGAUACUAGCUGAGUUGCCCCCCACCCCAGCACCAACCUCGUCCUUGGUGGAUCCUGUGCCACAAGAAGCCCCCGCGGCAGCUCCCUCACCACGCAAAUCGGUUCGCAAAUCGCCACGAAAACCAAGGGCUUCAGGCGGCUUAAAGAAAGUUAGGGUCUCAAGGCGAUCGUCUGGCCUGGGAGUGGGACUCGGCCCCGUCUCCCCCAAGAAGAUCACGCCCCCGUUCGAGACGGAAGUCAUACCUACCUCUCCCUCGAAACAGGCUCCCGCAUUCAAGACGAGUAUUGCCCUACCGCAACCGCAGCCCCCACUGCGCGCGCCAGUUUUCGUGCUCCCACCUCCGUCGCCAGCGUCUUCGCUCGACCAAGGUGCUCGUCUCUCCUCAUCGUUGAUACCCCCACUCCCAGCAGCAUUCGAUAUACCCCCAGCACGAUCUGCCCCUUCCAUGACGACAUCUAAAUCUGAAGACAGCGCCCCGACAUUAGGCUCAAGCGCAUCAGCGCCUGCCCCAGUACCCAGCACACCAGUUGUCCGCAGGCCGUUCCCAAUGGCAAAGCCUCUCGCUGCUGGUCACAUGAGACACGCGUACUCGCCCGUGAAACCCAGUCCUCUCAGUAGAAUUCUCAUGCUGGCGAAUUCACCGGACAGCCCGAACAUCGAUCGCCCGCUUCUCGACGCGCUCACAGAGGAUGCCGAGGAGGAUUCGGACGGCUCGCCGACCCCUGCUCCUACUGUGUCUACUCCGAUUCCUGCAAUGCCUCCACAGAGGAGUCUUGCUGCAGAGUUAGGUAUAACGGAGGACGACGAGAAUCCGCUACGGGAUAGGGAAGCACAAGCAAAUGUGAAGUCCAAGGCAACAGGACCGGUGACAAAACUGACAGCAAAGGGGAAGGGGAAGGCCAAGGCAGAGCCCAUGCCAGUGUCUCGCACUCGACCUGCCGUCGCGCUUGAGAAGGAGAACGUGAAUCGAGCGAAGCUGUCAUCUGGAGCUGCAAGCACCACAGGUACGGCGCAAGCUGCUCCUGAGAAGAAAUCAGUAAAGGCGCCACCAAAGCCAUUCUCUCGUUCCAAGGUAGCGGGAAGGCCUCCACCUGCACGAAUCGGUCCCAGACGCGUUCCCAUCGACAGCGCGGAAGCGGCACACGUGGGUCCUGGGUGGAAAGGCUGA